AUGCUGAGCCUGAGCGCCGUGGUCGCCAUCGCCGCGUCCGCCGCAGCCUUUUUCGUCGUCUUGGGAGUCGUCGUGAUCGUAGUCUGGGUUCGAGUCCGCAAAGAACGACAUGCAAUGCGAAUGCUUGGUCUAAAGGAGGGAGAUAACCCCCGUCGUGUCAAAGCUUACAACCCGGAUACGUUGACCGAGCUUUCUCACCAGGAAGGAAGUGUGUUGAGGGCUCAUGGCAAUCUGCCGUACGGCAAACCGGGUGAAUGGGGUCAAUUGGAAUCACGCGAAACUCUGCUACGGUCAGAGAGCGAACCCGAAUCCUCCUGGCCUCUCAUGGAACGCGCACGAUCUCUUCGCAAUUCGAUUCGCAGAGCCAGCUCGAAGCGAUUUACAAAAUCUGGGCUUCGGCGCAUGGGCUCCAUGGCUACGGUUAGCGAGAUGCUACCCAGCCCAACUGGGACUUCCAAGGAUGAUAUUCCUCUAUCAGCUGUGGAAGGGGUCUUGGAGCUACCAGCCGAGCGGACACCACGACAAACGCCAGAAAUCCCUGGAGAGGAGGAAGGUUUCCAUCUAGGGAUGCGCCCAAUGUCUCCUGCAUCAGCCUGGCCUCCUCCAGGUCAACAACAGCGAGCGUUCCCUGUGUUGGACAACAUUCUAUCGCAAAACCUAUUUGACCCUCCUCUCAUGAUCUAUGAAGAAUCACCCACUCGAAUUCGAGGUGGGAGUAUCGUCAGUCAAACAGCAGGACAUGCUCCCGACCAGUCAAUUCCUCCUCCGCCACCUCCUGCUGCAUUCCCUCAAGAGCGGUUCAGCUACUUGCGAAACGACUCGGUCAUGCGUCUUUCUUCAAUGAGCCUUGACACGACCAACAGCUCAAUCUUGGAGGACGGUCGAAAUGGUCCACGCUCUGCGGACACAGAUCUUACCUCGCCUAUUUUCCCGUCAGGCGGCUCUUUUGUGCCUUUCAGUGCCAAUGAUGUUGGGGUCAAGAACGGCCGUCGGAGCUUCAUCGCUGCUAAUACAUCAGUACCGCCGAAUUUCCUCGUUCGCUCCUCGUCCACCGCUGACGGCCCCAGAAAGACCUCAGAAGAAGCCAUGUCGCCCCGUCGGAGCAUGACUACAGCAUCUCGAAACCCAAGCAAUGCCAGCAACCAAUCCACUGCUCUGCCUCGUCGCAGUGAAUCUCUAUCUUCAACUGCUCCGCAAAGAAACUCAUCUCUUCGCGUUGGCACCCCGGGGUCAAUGGCUGCUUAUCAGAAUGACAAUAGGUCAUCCUGGCGAUCACCUACUUCGAAUUUGGCGCAUGCACCGUAUGUCAGCCAGUACCCUCAACAACCCCCGCCAGUCUACGAGAGUGAGCAGUUUGAAAACGAUCCGUUCUAUGGCGGCUCUCCAGCUUCCACUGGCACAUUGUUCUCUGUUGGCUCCCCGAGUCAGCCUAACGGUUACAUGCCGCAAAGUCCGCUGCAGCGUUCCAGUCUCUCCAUCAAGGGGCCUCUCCCAUCCGCGCUCAAGGGUUCCAAUUCUCAGCGGAAGAGCAAAGGCCACAGACGACAGAACUGUGUUCGUAUCUCCAUCCAUCCGCCCAUGACUUUCGGUGGCCCUGCCUUCUCUCCCACAGUCGAGGAAGAACCUGAAGAUCUGGACGCCAUGGAGGAAGUAGAUUUGCGGGAGAGUACCAUCAACGGGACAUCGAACUCACAGCCUUCCAUGCCUGCCAACACACCAUCUCCUCUACCACUUUCAAAGCGUGGAAGUGGCAGUCGUCGUACUAAACCUGUGAUAUCAGCACCAAGCUCGCUCGGUCCUCUGGCUGAAGAACCACAACCUACAUUGCAUACUCGAACUCCAUCUAAGAAGCGAAAGAAGGCACCCACUGACAACCCAGAUGACACGCCCGUCAUGGCCAAGGGCCAUACUUUACCCGGUCUCUUCACAGCAUUGCCACCUGUUCGCGAAGUAGUUCUUUCGCAUACGCCUUCGCCUGAGCGAGAACCACCCGCCUGGGCAGUCAGUGAUAAUCCAUCUCCAACGACCCGUGAAAACGCGUCUGGUAUUAGCACUGGCAGCCCUCGACGCCCACCUCUCAAAGGACCACGCACUCAACCGGGCAAGCCAGGCCGAAGGAAUUCGACACAUGCUCCACAACCCAAGCCCACGGAGCCCUUGAUGGGCCUUACCUCGCCUACUGGUCUACCAGUCAUCACCGGCACCCAGGGCAGUGACUGGCGCAAGUCAACGGACUCACCACAACGGGGAAGAACCGACACAAGCACCGACUCUUUCCGGAAGAACCGCGACUCCCAAGGCUCCUUGGUGAAUGGCCUCGAUUCAUCAAUGCGUCCCAUGUCGCCUGUGUACGGCUCCCAAGUCUCAACUGUACGAGACAAGGUCACCAUCUGGGAAGAUGCUAAUCGCAGCGCAUCUCCGCCCAAGCUAGCUGCGACGCAAUUCGGAGCAGGGUAUACCUUCCAACUUGAUACCAAUCUCUCGCCUACAUAUGCGAAAAAUAGUAUCCCGCGGACGCUCUCCAAAAGCGGGAAUCAAUCCCCUAUCCGCAUGCAUAGUCAUCGCGCACCGCCAACGCCGACGUCUGUUCGGCGGGGUAUGACAACGCCUACUAGUAAGGGACUUGGUAUUGGAGUUACGUGUGCGACGCCAGUCAGCUUGUAUGAUGGCGAAGGGUUCUUGAAGGAGUAG